GAAGCAGUGAGUGCAGCGUCCCGAAGGUAAACACACAGAACUAAUGGAAACAGGCGGUCAACUUUAACCGGGACUUCACCACCAUGUCCAUCGUCUUUGUGCCGAAGAAACAACGAGGAAAAGCCAAAAUCAACCAGGAGAUUAUACAGAGGCUGCUGGAUGAGAACGACCAGCUGAUCAGAUGCAUCGCAGAGUACAUGCAGAAAGGUCGAGCUGUGGAGUGUGUCCAAUACCAGCAGAUCCUGCACCGUAACAUCGUCUAUCUGGCCACCAUAGCUGAUGCCAGCCCCGACAACACGCCCCCCUCCUCCUCCUCCUCUAAUUCUGCAGCUGAUGAAGCUCCAGCCCCCCCACCAGAGACGAAUGGAGCUGGACCCACAUGACGCAGGCAGCUGGUGUCAGUCGAGCUGGGACAAUGUCGCCCUCAAGACAAUUUCUAUGUGACAAGGACAAUGACUUAUUAUGCUGAGCUGGUUUCAGUAAUGUGACACAUUUAGUGACCACUGGUGUUUCAGAUCAGUAUUUUGUGUUGAGAGAACACUUAAGUAUUCUCUGAAAUGUACAUUAAAAUGUUUUCCUUUUUUAAAAA